UAGAGGUUCUGAUAAGACAUAAAAAAUAUUCUCGUAAACGGAUAAUGGCCGGUAUAUAAUGCUGUGCAAAUUCUCUAUCACAGCGUCGCUUUAUCAUGCAACGUAUAAUCGUUCUAUCGCUCCUUUUGGGAGUAGCAUAUGCAAGUUUGACUCCAGUAGGCCACUGGACUCUUCCUCCAUUUACCAGGUUUACUAUAAGGCCUAGGCCUACUUGGAUCCCUCCAUUUACCAGGUUUACUAUAAGGCCUAGGCCUACUUGGAUCCCUCCAUUUACCAGGUUUACUAUAAGGCCUAGGCCUACUUGGAUCCCUCCAUUUACUAAGUUUCCACCAAGAAAGUCUACCGUGAAUCCUCCCUACACCAAAGUUCCGCCUAGCAAUCAGACCCUGAUUCCUCCCUACACCGAACUUCCACCAAGUAAUCGGACCCUGAUUCCUCCUUACACCGAACUUCCGCCCAGCAAGCGAUCUACUUGGUUCCCUCCCUUCACCAAAUUUACAACAAAGGAAUGGAAAACUACACCCGCUCCCACACAUGAACCACACCCUGCAAAGCAAUGCGCUUGUACAUACAAAAAUAUUUGGUUAGACGUAUUCUUCCUCAUAGACUCCUCGGGUGUUAUGACAAGUCAUCGAAUGGAUAACGCCGUUGCAUUUGCAUUGUCUGUGGUGCAAAAAAUGACUGUUGGACAGGGAGAAAAGGAGAUGCGUGUCGGGUGGGUUGAAUUUGCUGCCAAAGCAAAAGUGCUCUACAAUCUCACACACUGGCAUUCUACUGAAGAGAUGACGGAUGGUCUUGAAAUGAUCUUCAAUGGUAGUGCUGGGGCAGCCGUAAACUCGGCCAUUCGUUUGGCCUCGAGCAGUUUCAAAGCUCCUGCACAUCGAUUGAACGCUAAAAAACUCAUAGUAAUCAUCGCCUCUGAUGGCCACAAAACAAACUAUAGCGAAGCAAUGAAGGCAUCUCAAGAUUUCAAGGCAAAAGGUGGAGAUAUAAUAACUGUAGAAUACGCUCAGGGGCUUUGCAAGGAAAAAUUGCUUGGAAAACUUGCCACGGACCCAUCUUAUGCAUUCUCAAAUUGUGGUGGACCAUUAAACGUUGAUAAAAUACGAAAAGCAUUUUGCGAUGCCAAUUGCUUCUGUAUGAAGCAGUACAAACCGUUUGGCAAGCCAGCUAAUGGAUGCUAUCGUGCUGUAGGCAUACCUGCGGAACAAAAAUUAGCUUCACGAAGUUGCUACUACCAUUACUCUACCUUAGCAACCGUGCAAAGCUAUGCGAAAGCCGAGUUCCUAGCCGAAUUGAUGCCACCAUGGGAGAGCAAAUUCUGGAUUGGAUUGGAACGCAAUUCUUAUGGUAGCUUUGCUUGGCCUAAUGGCGAAGAGGUACACAACAACACCUUCAACAUGUGGCCAGCUGGAUAUCCGAAAGCGCGAGGAGAUUGUGUAUAUAUGAGGAGAACUAAUGGAAGGCUUUACUGGUACAACGCCAACUGCGACAAAGAUGAGAACUAUGCUUGUGAAAGAAGACCAUGUGAUACAGACAACUAUUGCCUGGUAGAUGAUGAAUGAUAAUAUUCUUCACAUCGUUGUUAUUUCUUAUAUACACGUUAUUAUAUUUCUUAUCUUCCGCGAAAUAAAUGCAAGUUAGAGGUAUACAUGCAAAUG